AUGGGAAAUAAUAAUAAGCCGACGAAGGGCCCACCCCCUGUGCAGCAGCCUGGCACAACACCUGUACAACAGCAAGAGACACAGAAUCCCGCCGAUGAUGAUGAAGCUGCCAUCGCCGAACGUUUGGCACAAGUGAAGCAAAUAGUGCAAGCUCUUAGAUCUCAGAUGGAUGAUGAUUCCAAAGCUAGAUGUCUCAUGUUUUUUCCUACAUCGGGUCGCAUGGGCUUUGGCAGGGUUGAAACAUCAGACGAACUGCCACCGGUUGAGACAUUACGUGAAAUGAUUGCUUAUGAAACAAACAUUCGAUUAUCGGAGUCGGUUCAAGAACUCAUGGAAUUCUAUCAUACUAAAGAAGCAGCACUAAGCGCGCUGUUUCGCUCACAUGCGUUCGAUGGCUUACGUUUCAUGGUGAUUUAUAUUGCCGAGGCACAUGCACGUGAUCAAUGGCCAAUGGGUAAGACUAUAUCUUGCGUUGAUCAACCAAUCACUAUGGAACAACGAAUUGAAAAUGCUCGACAAUGUCAACAGCAUUGUAAAUUUGAGAUGCCCAUGCUUAUCGACACUAUGGAUAACAAUUUUCAUCUUACUUAUGGAUCAUGGCCAUUCCGGUUCUAUGUUAUCCAGGAUGGCAAACUAGCGUUUAAAGCUGAACCUGACAAACACACCUUCAGCUAUCAUGUCGAUGAACUCGACCGAUGGAUUGACAAUUUUCGUCAAUCACAUCGUCCUCUUGCUUAGAUAUGCGUUCAUUUCAAUUGUUUCAUUCAUCCAUCAUUUACAAUCUUUCUCCUUGUAUUUUCUUCUUUGUAUUUAUUGAUCGACUUGAUAGUCCUCAAAAGCAGAAGUCAACAUGAACUUAUGAUAACUAUGGAUUGAAAUCCCACUAUGUGAACGUCCACAGUUUGAUUCAAAUAUGUUGUUUUCAAAGAGGAAAUCAGCGCGUACACAUCUAUUAAGUUGAUGAAUCUAUCAGAACAAGAAAAACACAGAGAAGAAAUCAUUUUUAUGCUUGAAUAUCCGCUUCAAUUGUUUGCUAAUAAAAAUAUAUUAAUUUGAAAUUAGUAAUGAAAAGAAGACUAUGACUAUUUGAGAAUGCUUUCUCUUAUAAAUAUUUCAAGAAGAAAUUGCAUCGUUCACAUAUUUUUGAAGUGCAUGCAAAAUAUGUUGACUACAUCAGCCCUGUGAUUAAGUAAAAACAAACAUAUUUUGUUUAGCGCCAUUGACAGAGAAAAGUUUUUCGCAGUUAUUGCGGUGUAUUCAAAGCUAUUACUAGCUUUAGCACAGAAACGCGAUGCAUUUCGAGUCAUAUUAUUUAUCAUUGAAUGAUUGUUCUCUUGCAUUGAUAUUAUGGCAUGCAUUUUCAAUUGAGCACAUGAAUAAAGUUGCUGUCAUCAAUCACAAGAGUCGAGAAUCUAUGUUUAAAAUGAUAAGAGCUUCCAUCAUUCGUGAAUCACAGUUUCAUUUAGUUCAGACACAAAACACAAAUGAAUCGAAAUAUUCAGAGGAACUGCUUAUUCAAAUAGAUAUGUGUAGCAUUUGUUUGGACGAUGGAUUUGCAGAAAAUUUGACCAUCCUUCGUUAUCCACAGAAAUGUCAUCAACAGUUAUCAUCGAUAACGAAAAAAGCACAUUUUUAUUAAAGAAGACUUGCUUCGAGCAAGAAUCUUUCUCAGUUAUAUCUUAAACAACAAAUAUUAUUUCAGAAUAACCUCCCUCUUAUCAAGAUCUAUUCUGAGAGAACAAGCUUGUCGUGGAAAAGAAAUAUGAUAUCAAGACGAAUGUGUGCAUCUAAAAAACGUCUGUCUACUUGAAACUACACUGUCAUCAAUAGUCUAAAACGGACUUUUUCUUCUUGAUUCUAAGUUAACUAUAGUGACCCCAAUUCGACUGAGAUUUAUUCUCAAUAGAUUAAAUUAUUCACUUCAUUAUUUUGCAUGUACAUACUGAGAACCAAUCGGUUCUAUAUUCAUUUCUAUUAGUGCAAAACCGUUGAUAUUGAAGUAAAGGCAAUAUGUGAUAUUAUUCAUUGUUUUUCGAUUGUAGCAAACAAUAUACUAUGUAAGAUAGUUGAAUUCUUGAGGGUGUGGGUGUGGGUGUGGGGUGUGGGUGUGGGUGUGGGUGUGGGUGUGGGUGUGGGUAUGGGUGUGGGAGCGUGUGGGGUGUGGGUGUGAGCGACAAAAAAGAAGAUAACCACACCCGCACUCACAUCCGCCCCCACCCACACCUACACCCACACCCCACACACACCCACACCCACACCUGCACCCACACCCACACCCGCACCCACACACCCACACCCACCCACACACCACACCCACACCCACACCCACACCCCACACCCACACCCACACCCAC